AUGGACAUUACGAACGCAUUUGAUGCUAUCUCUGGCUACGAGGAGACAAUUGUGGCACAGGGUGAGGCUAUGGGGAUAGAACGUGGCCGUGAGUUGGGCAUCGAAGAAGGCCGGAUGCUUGGUAUCAUGAAGGGUGCCGAGAUCGGCAGUGAGGUGGGCUUUUACCAAGGCUGCUACUUGGUGUGGAACCACAUGCUGCAGCACGAGGAACUCAAGAACAAACUCUCAGGUCGAGCUGCUAAGACGGUGGCUUCUCUAGGCACGUUGCUCGAUGCUUUUGAGCUCAAGAACGUGGUGGACGAAGAUAUGGUGCAAGAACUGCUUCGUAUUCGAGCCAAAUUUAAGUUGAUUACAGCGAUUACAGGUGUGCGAAAACGAUUGACCUACAGUGACGAGGACAUCAAAGCGCAUAAGGAUAUGUCAUUUUAA